CCUAUUUAUAGGCUACUGAAAGAGUUGUGAGACCAUGGUUAGUCCAGCUCCCUGGUUGUAGGCUACUACUUUUAUAAAAAUGAGGCUUGGUUUGUGUUUUGUAUUUCUUUACAUUGGCCAAACAUGUGGUAUAAGCCUCGAAAUAGUGCAAAGAGACGAGCUGCAUCGUAAGGAAAGGUCUGAGAACAUUCACACUGGGACAAUUACUUUCGGCACAGGGGAUAUUUCACUUGGUCGAAAUCUGGAAUAUGAGGGACGAUCUGUUGGAGAAAACACUGCAGACGAUGGCUCUGAUAAAUUUCAAGCUGACGAUCCACAUCCUGGCCAGGUGGGUGGACAAAGCGCCACUGAAGACUUUAAGGCUUGGCAUCGUAUGCAACCAAAUUUAUUAUGUACUAAUGACCUCAUGGAGUUCUCUGCACAAGGCCCUGGAUGUUCUUCACUCCAGUUAAACAGAGGUGGCACGCCUCUCUCAUUAAGCCAGCUACCAGGAGACUGUGGCUAUUCUGUGAAAAGGACUGCAGUGGGCCUUGUGUUUGUCGCCCCAUUUGAUGGUUGUGAUGUUCUAAAAUGGGGAAAUAGCCACUUGCUGCAGUUGUUGUGGCACAACAAUCCAGUAACCCUCUCCUGCUCUGCAUCAAGCUCAGACCAAGUCUCUCCAGUUUUAUCCACUACUCCAGCUCCAACCACAGAAGCACCUACCACAGCUGCUGGGCUUCCUCCACAGAAUCAACAGUGGAUGCCCCCCUUCUUUGGAGGCUACUACCCUGUAAUGCCUGUGAAGACUCCCUCUGAAACUACUGUUGCACCAACUACAAAAGCACCUUCCACAGCUGCUGGGCUUCCUCCACAGAAUCAACAGUGGAUGCCCCCCUUUGGAGGCUACUACCCUGUAAUGCCUGUGAAGACUCCCUCUGAAACUACUGUUGCACCUUCCCCCCCUAAAACUACUGUUGCACCUUCCACAGCUGCCGUGCUUCCUCCACAGAAGCAACAGUGGAUGCAUCCCCUCUUUGGAGGCUACUAUCCUGUAAUGCCUGUGAAGACUCCCUCUGAAACUACUAUUGCACCUCCCCCCCCUGAAACUACUGCUGCACCUUCCACAGCUGCCGGGCUUCCUCCACAGAAACAGUGGAUGCAUCCCCUCUUUGGAGGCUACUACCCUGUAAUGCCUGUGAAGACUCCCUCUGAAACUACUAUUGCACCUCCCCCCCCUGAAACUACUGCUGCACCUUGCCCCCUUAAAACUACUGCUGCACCUUGCCCCCUUAAAACUACUGCUGCACCUUGCCCCCUUAAAACUACUGUUGCACCAACUACAGAAGCACCUUCCACAGAUGCAGAGCUUCCUCCACAGAAUCCGUGGAUGCAUCCCCUCUUUGGAGGCUACUACCCUGUAAUGCCUGUGAAGACUCCCUCUGAAACUACUAUUGCACCUCCCCCCCCUGAAACUACUGCUGCACCAACUACAGAAGCACCUUCCACAGAUGCAGAGCUUCCUCCACAGAAUCCGUGGAUGCAUCCCCUCUUUGGAGGCUACUACCCUGUAAUGCCUGUGAAGACUCCCUCUGAAACUACUAUUGCACCUCCCCCCCCUGAAACUACUGCUGCACCAACUACAGAAGCACCUUCCACAGAUGCAGAGCUUCCUCCACAGAAUCCGUGGAUGCAUCCCCUCUUUGGAGGCUACUACCCUGUAAUGCCUGUGAAGACUCCCUCUGAAACUACUAUUGCACCUCCCCCCCCUGAAACUACUGCUGCACCAACUACAGAAGCACCUUCCACAGAUGCAGAGCUUCCUCCACAGAAUCCGUGGAUGCAUCCCCUCUUUGGAGGCUACUACCCUGUAAUGCCUGUGAAGACUCCCUCUGAAACUACUAUUGCACCUCCCCCCCCUGAAACUACUGCUGCACCAACUACAGAAGCACCUUCCACAGAUGCAGAGCUUCCUCCACAGAAUCCGUGGAUGCAUCCCCUCUUUGGAGGCUACUACCCUGUAAUGCCUGUGAAGACUCCCUCUGAAACUACUAUUGCACCUCCCCCCCCUGAAACUACUGCUGCACCAACUACAGAAGCACCUUCCACAGAUGCAGAGCUUCCUCCACAGAAUCCGUGGAUGCAUCCCCUCUUUGGAGGCUACUACCCUGUAAUGCCUGUGAAGACUCCCUCUGAAACUACUAUUGCACCUCCCCCCCCCUGA